AUGGUAAGUAGUACUAUUAAUUGGGUAGAUCAAUCAACUCCUCCAAGCACUCCGGGAUUACGAAGUAACCAAGGAAUACAAAUAUUAACCCUUACACAAGGCAAUAGCUCUAUUAGUAAAUAUUUCGAGAAUGUAAAAUCUUAUGCUAUGCUCACUGGUAAGGAUUUAAAUGAUGUAGAGGUUAAAGAAAAAUUCCUCGUUGGAUUAUCGCCCGAUAAUAGAAAGCGUGCAGAAGAGUUUGGGUAUAAAAAACCUCUAAAAGUGAUAGUCAAAUAUUUAGUUAGAGAUCCAACACUUUCUACCGAAAUACAGAAAUACAAAGCGGGGGAGCUGAAACAAGGUAAUGAAUCGGUAAGGGCAUUUUUGAUAAAAUUAGAAAGGCUUAGAAAGCUUUCAAAGCAAGCGCGAUGUGAUGAGAAAGAUCUUAGAGAAAAAUUAUUUUGCGGAAUUUCAUCUAUAAAUCAAGAUGAAGUCAAAUCAUAG